ACUUCCUGUUUCCGGUUGUCUCUUUUUAUUGCUCUGGAAGACUCUUACUUUUUUACAUUAUCAUUAUUGACACGGUUAUAAAGCAAUUUUCCGGCUUGUAUAUGUAGGAAAAGGUAUUUAAAGUCUACAAAGUUUGUAGAAAAUAAAGAAUGAUUAGUUUAUACGGAGGCGACAUCAGCAACGGUCUGGAAAAUGUCCCUGUUUGCAUCGAAAAAGGCUUGUGUGAGGAGGGUUUGCAAAAAUUCCAGUACACACCAGAAAACGUUCAGGGGGUGGGUUGUGACGUUGACCCAAGUGAAGUGACCUUGCCAGGCUGCUCAUGCCGCUCGGCGUCCUGUGUGCCGUCCAGCUGCCCGUGCCUGCGUUUUGGCCUGGCGUACACCGAGGGAUGUUUCCUGGAGCAACGUGAGGACUCGGGCGCUUCUUACAGCCAGCCUGUUUUUGAAUGUGACGUCCUGUGUGUGUGCGGCGAGUCCUGCCAGUCCCGUGUGGUCCAGAGCGGCCUGCAGACCCGCCUCUGUGUUUUCCGAACUGAAAAUCGUGGCUGGGGGGUCGUGACCCUGGAAGCCAUCAGACGUGGCAGGUUCGUGUGCGAGUACGCCGGGGAGGUGAUCGGGUUUGAGGAGGCACGGCGGAGGCAGCUCUCACAGACUCCUGAGGAUAAGAAUUAUAUCAUCGCAGUGCAGGAGCACGGUGGCUCGCAGGGGCUGGGUGUGACGUUUGUGGACCCGGCCUUUAUGGGCAACGUGGGCCGCUUCCUGAACCACUCGUGCCACCCCAACUUAAUCAUGAUGCCCGUACGUGUGCACUCAGUGGUGCCCAGACUGGCCCUGUUUUCCAGCCGAGACAUAGAGCCAGGCGAGGAACUUACCUUCGAUUACUCAGGAGGACACACAGAGAAAAGAGUCGGUGCAGGAGAUCUCCAGAGGAAAGUGUGUCUGUGUGCUGAACAGAACUGCACUGGCUUUUUACCUUUAGACAUUUCAGUCCUGCAAUGAGAACGCUGGGAAAUCAUUUCUUCCAGUUAAUCAUCCCUUGUUAUUGUCACCAUUUUAUACACACACACACACACACACACACACACACGGACAAUAUUGCAGCUGACACGUCUCACCUGCAUCUGCUGUCUCACAGCGCAUUCCAUGACAGCUCAGAGACUCUGUACUCUGUGACUCUAUGGAGUUUCCAUGGAAACGCACACAAUUAUUCUUUGCUGAUGGUGCUACAGGGGGUAACGCUAACAGCUCCAUGCUAAACCCAUGUUACAGUCUGUGUGAAUGGUCUCAUGUUCAUCCAGUGUCUGUGUUCCUCCAGAAUGAUGUCACUAAUAGACGUUAAAAUCCUGCCA